AUGUCAAAGCCUUUGCAUGUGUCAAAGGUUGAGUCUUUUGCAUUGUCAAAGCCUCUAAAGAGGAGCUUGAUCACAUGCAAGGCCUAUGAGGCUGAUCGAUCAGAGCCCAUUGAGGCACCUGAUCUGAAAUCAGAGGCGGCAAAAAAGGUUAAAAUUGGGAUUUAUUUUGCUGUUUGGUGGGCUUUGAAUGUUGUGUUUAAUAUCUACAACAAGAAGGUUUUGAACGCUUUUCCAUAUCCAUGGUUGACUUCUACACUUUCUCUUGCUUGUGGAUCUCUUAUGAUGUUGCUCUCAUGGGCUACAAGGAUUGCUGAAGCACCGAAGACUGAUUUUGAGUUUUGGAAGACUUUAUUCCCUGUUGCUGUGGCACAUACAAUUGGUCAUGUAGCAGCAACGGUGAGUAUGUCGAAGGUUGCAGUUUCCUUUACCCAUAUCAUUAAGAGUGGUGAGCCUGCUUUCAGCGUAUUGGUUUCAAGGUUCCUAUUGGGUGAGACUUUCCCUCUACAAGUUUACCUGUCCCUUGUUCCAAUCAUUGGUGGUUGUGCACUAGCUGCUGUUACUGAGCUCAACUUCAACAUGGUUGGUUUCAUGGGGGCCAUGAUUUCCAACUUGGCUUUUGUUUUCCGCAACAUAUUUUCAAAGAGGGGCAUGAAGGGGAAGUCUGUUAGUGGGAUGAACUACUAUGCUUGUCUCUCUAUGUUGUCACUCUUGAUUCUCACACCUUUUGCUAUCGCUGUAGAGGGACCACAGAUGUGGGCUGCAGGUUGGCAGACAGGCCUAUCUCAGAUUGGGCCGAAUCUUGUUUGGUGGAUUGCGGCACAAAGUGUAUUCUAUCAUCUUUACAAUCAAGUGUCAUACAUGUCCCUGGAUGAGAUCUCUCCCUUGACCUUUAGCAUUGGAAACACAAUGAAGCGUAUAUCUGUCAUAGUCUCAUCCAUUAUCAUUUUCCGCACACCCGUCCAGCCUGUCAAUGCUCUUGGAGCUGCAAUCGCUAUCCUUGGAACCUUCUUGUAUUCCCAGUGGUCUCUGAUAGUAGAGACAUCAACUGACUGUAGCAAGGAAGCACUUGAACAAGCUGAUCUUUGGUGUUGA